CGGCAUAGUCUGGGGCUUAGCAGUUAAUGGUGGAUCUCCUGUUCUGUGUACUGGGCUGUGAGUAGUUGCUGGGAGCCUCGAGUAGAGCGUGUAAGCACGGAAUCCGCCAUGGAUGCAGUGACCUAUGAGGAUGUGCAUGUGAACUUCACUCAUGAAGAGUGGGCUUUGCUGGAUCCUUCCCAGAAGAGUGUCUACAAAGAUGUGAUGCUGGAAACCUACUGGAACCUCACUAUUAUAGGGUACAAAUGGGAAGACCACAAUAUUGAAGAACAUCAUCCAAAUUCUACAAGACAUGGCAGCAGGCGUGUCAUCUGUCACUCUGGAUACAAUCCAUGUGAGCAUAAGGGACAUGGAAAGAAGCAUUGUAGUUCUGUCUCUCUCAGAACAACUGGAAGAUAUGUGGUAGUCCCCACUAUGAGAAGACAUGAUAACUGUGAUGCAAGUUUACAAUUACUUGGUUUCCCAACUUCAGUGGGAAUUCACCAAAAAACUCUCAUUGGAGAAAAACCUUAUGAGUACCAGGAAUAUGGAAAUUCAUCUCUCUCUACUGGUUCACUGUGCACAUGUAGUGUUGCUCACAGUAUAAGAAAAUGUUAUGAAUGCAAUCAGUGUUGUCAGACCCCAAGUUCUUCAAGUUCUCUUCAAAGAUGUGAAAAAGCUCAUGUAGGAAGAGAAAUUAAUAAAUGCGAGUCAUCUACUAAAGGCUUUAUGCUUGACAGGCAUCUUCAAACACACCAAAGAACCAGUAACAAAGAGGCUCUCUAUGAAUGUAAUCAACAUGAUAAAGCCUUUAUAUCUGAUUGCUCUUUAGAAGAACACCAAAAAACCCAUUUGGAAGGAAAACCCAAUGAGUAUAAUCAAAGUUAUAAAGCCUUUACAUUUCACAGUCUUUAUCAUCAAGUACAUAGAAUUCAAACUCGAGAGAAAUGCUAUGAAUGUAAUCAGUGUAGUAAAGCCUUUAUACAGAUGAGUGAUCUUCACAGACAUGAAAGAAUUCAUAUUGGAGAGAAACCAUAUGAAUAUAAUGGAUGUGAUAAAGCAUUUGCAGAGAAGAGAAAUCUUCACAGUCAUGAAAGUGUUCAUAUAAGAGAGAAACCAUAUGUAUGUAAUCAAUGUGGCAAAGCCUUUUCUGGGAAGAGUAGUCUUCGCAGUCAUGAAAGAAUUCAUAUUGGAGAGAAACAAUAUGAGUGUGAUCAAUGUGGUAAAGCCUUUGCAUGGAAGAGUCAUCUUGAAAGUCAUGAAAGAAUACAUACUGGAGAAAAACCCUAUGAAUGCAAUCAAUGUGGUAAAGCCUUUGCAUGGAAGAGUUAUCUUCUCAGCCAUGAAAGAAUUCAUACUGGAGAGAAACCUUACGAAUGUAAUCAAUGUGGUAAAGCCUUUGCACAGAAGAGUCAUCUUCAAAGUCAUGAAAAAAUUCAUACUGGAGAGAAACCCUAUGAAUGUAAUCAAUGUGGUAAAGCUUUUGCGACAAAGAGUUAUCUUCUCAGCCAUGAAAUAAUUCAUACUGGAGAGAAACCCUAUAAAUGUGACCAAUGUGGUAAAGCAUUUGCAAAGAAGAGUAAUCUUCACAAUCAUGAAAGAAUUCAUACUGGAGAGAAACCCUAUAAAUGUAAUCAAUGUGGUAAAGCCUUUGCAGUGAGAACUCAUCUUCAAAGUCAUGAAAGAAUUCAUAAUGGAGAGAAACCAUAUGAAUGUAAUCAGUGUGGUAAAGCAUUUGUACAGAAGAGUAGCCUUCUAAGUCAUGAAAGAAUUCAUAUUGGAGAGAAACCCUAUGAAUGUAAUCAAUGUGGUAAAGCCUUUGUACAGAAGAGUAGUCUUCUAAGUCAUGAAAGACUUCAUACUGGAGAGAAACCCUAUAAAUGUGACCAAUGUGGUAAAGCAUUUGCAAAGAAGAGUAAUCUUCACAAUCAUGAAAGAAUUCAUACUGGAGAGAAACCCUAUGAAUGUAAUCAAUGUGGUAAAGCCUUUGCAGUGAGAACUCAUCUUCAAAGUCAUGAAAGAAUUCAUAAUGGAGAGAAACCAUAUGAAUGUAAUCAAUGUGGUAAAGCCUUUGUACAGAAGAGUAGCCUUCUAAGUCAUGAAAGAAUUCAUAUAGGAGAAAAACUCUAUGAAUGUAAUCAAUGUGGUAAAGCCUUUGUACAGAAGAGUAGUCUUCUAAGUCAUGGAAGACUUCAUACUGGAGAGAAACCCUAUAAAUGUGACCAAUGUUGUAAAGCAUUUUCAAAGAAGAGUAAUCUUCACAGUCAUGAAAGAAUUCAUACUGGACAGUAACAUAUAGAUGUAAUCAAUGUGGUAAUUUCAGAUGUGAAUGGUGUGAGCUGGAAACUGAAUUGUGUGUUCUAUAAGAGGUGCUUGCUGGAGUCUAGUGUCAUAGGGGUUCAGGUCCAGAAGAAGAGAUCAGGCAUCAGGCAUCAGUAGUGGAAGGAGACUGCCAUGAUCUGAGCGUGAAGCAAUAUAGCUGCUGCUUUAUUGAAAAACAACUACACAUUUCAUGCUUUAUAACUGAAUCUUAGGUUAAACUCAAGCAGGUUAAAAACAGCCUUAAUGAUUCCAGGAUAAAAGCAGCCAUCAACCUCAUUACAGCAUUUUUCCUGAGACAAAAAGUGAUAAAUUCAGCAAGUAUCUUAAUUCCUUUCUGGAUGUGAGCUCAUUGUUUUCUUUCAUAGUUGGUUUAAUCCUCGGAACUUGGUGUAUCCAGUUAGUACAUCAUUAAGUUCUCUAUGUUUGGUGGAAUCAGUGGGAUGCAAUGGGGCUUCUUGUGUGGCAGUAGGCAUAGUAUUCACAUUGUGUGGUUCCAUGUUGGUCGGGAUUUUUUCCAAGAAGUUUGUUUAAAGAGACUGCCUUGCCUAUGUAUAAGUUCCAUCCUCUAGUAUAGCCUGCAAAAUACAUUUCCCACAGUAAAAGGCAUAAAGAAACUCCAUAACAUAUAGUGAGAAUUGUUAAAAUUGAAAUAAAAAUGAUGCUGGAGAAUUGAGA